GCCAGGAAAUAAAUAUUGGCAAAUUAAGGAAUAUUAUUCGCCAUCAGUGGCAAAAUAGACAUUUCACAGCAUAACACGGCAAAAACACUGAUAAUAUUGUGAACGCGGGUGGACCCAGUCAUCUUCACCUUCUCAGAAAUUUCCCCUUCUCACUUUCUCUCUCUAAAAAUCUUGUGUCCGGAAACCCCACUGGAUUUCACUGAAUCUCACCCCUCUUUGCGCUAGGGUUUCUUCUCUUAUAAAUCCACUUUGCUUUUUAAUUGCUAUCUAAUUUUUUUUUACCCUUUCGAACUUUUUGACCUCUGAAGUAUUGGAUCAAUGACUGUGCUUCCGGCGAAGGCUUUACCGGUGGGUUACCGAUUUCGGCCAACUGAUGAGGAGCUGAUCGAUCACUAUUUAAGGCUUAAAAUCAAUAGGCAUGACAAAGACGUUAGUGUUAUUCGUGAAAUUGAUGUUUGUAAAUGGGAGCCCUGGGAUUUGCCUGAUAUGUCUGUGAUAGAAUCUUUUGACAAUGAAUGGUUCUUCUUCUGCCCGAAGGAUCGGAAAUAUCAAAAUGGCCAGAGAUUGAACCGAGCAACAGAAAAAGGUUAUUGGAAAGCAACUGGUAAAGAUAGGAACAUAACUUCCCGAAAGGGAGCAAAAAUUGGGAUGAAAAAGACUUUAGUCUUCUACACUGGUCGUGCUCCAGAUGGCAAGAGAACUAACUGGGUGAUACAUGAGUAUCGUGCUACUGAUAAGUCUCUGGACGGCACCCAUCCUGGUCAGGGGGCCUUUGUGCUGUUGCGGCUGUUUAGAAAGGCAGAGCUGAAACAAGAUGAGAUUGCUGAAAGCUCAAAUAUCAAUGAAGCUGAAGAGAUUGUCUUGUCUCCCACCGUUGUUAAAUUUUCUGCGGAAGAUGAAAAAUCGGAAUCACUAACUCCCUCUUCUACUGUCAUGCCUGAAGUACAACCUUCGAGUGCCGAAAGCUGUCCAACUCCAGCUUUAAGUUUUGAGAAUUAUUUAGCUGACACUCCUUUACCCAUUGAUGGGCAGAGUGAUAAUUGGAUUGCUGAUGAGAUGGACGUAAACGCACUCGACACAACAUAUAUUCUUCCUAACCCAGAGCUGGAGAAAUUGUUGCAAGAUUUUUGUCCCCCACUGCAACAGACAUCAGACAGUAAAAUUUUCUCCCCGUUGCACUCACAGAUGCAAUCAGAGCUUGGAAAUCCUUACUUUUAUAACAGCUUUACUGGUGACAUCAGCAAUGAACAACAUAAUAUCCCUUUACAAUAUGGAACAAAUGCAUCCGAUAUUAAUGAGUUCUUGAACUCAGUUCUUAUCGAUCCGGAGGAGCAGAACGUUGGUGACAUCUAUUCUACAUCAUCUCUUGAUAAUCGCAUGCUGCAAUGGGUAAAGGAAAGUAACUCAUGCAGUGAAUCAGAGAGCGAGGUGUCCCAAAGACAGGUCGAUCAAAUUAUGUUGCAAUCUGAGUGGAUUGGGGAAAAUACGAAGCAAGAGUUUCCUUUCCAGAGUGAAGUUACAUCUGAAAUGGCAUAUGUUGGACAAAUGGCUCACAACUCUCAUGUUAGCAAUGACUACGGCAAUAGAAAUUUGGCUUUUGCACAUAACAGUUACAGUGUACCAAAUGAUUUCACGGCUAAUUCUGGUGUCCAUCAGAUGUUCAACUUGUCCAAUAUUGAAGAAGGUGGUGGUUACAUCCCUCCCACAGUGGGAGACGCCACUUCUGGAACUGGAAUUAUUAGAAGGACUCGUCAAAUUCCAAAUCAAAUCGAUGCCCAAAAUCCUGCAAAUCAUGGAACUGCACCUAGAAGAAUUCGCCUUCAGAAGAAAUUUCAAGUAGGGCCAGUUCAGUGCCGCCUGCCUAGCGAGUCAACAGAGGUUGAAUUUGUCCACCACCAAGGAAAGGAGACUACUCAGGAUGAAAAGGCAACUAAUACAAAUACUGUGGAUGAAGUGAAGGAAUCAACUUCCAAUGAAGCAAAUAAAGAUGUACAAUAUCAUGAUAGCACAACUUUGAAGACAAUGGUUGGCGAACCUGAAACCGUUACUUUUGUUAGGUCUCGUAUUAUGCCUAAGGUACUUGUGGCAGUUAGUCUCGUUGUCGUGCUUGUUGCUAUAUGGGGGUAUUAUGUAUUUUGACUAGAACUAAUUAGAAAGAAAGGUACCCUUUUUUGUAUAGGACUCGAGUGUUUAUGGGUUUUAACAUUGGCCUGUGAAUUUGCUUUUUUCGAAUUUAGGCCUGUUGGAUGUUAUGGAUAUAUGUAUGUGUAUUAUUCAAGAGCAGACUCGUUUCUGUACAUACUAUGUAAUUUAAAUGGAGUUUCGGAGACUUAUUAGGGUGUGUGUCUAUGUAUCGACUUUUAUAGAGUUUUAAAGUGUUGCUGCUCA